UAUGCUGGGAUUUUUAACUUUAACAGCAAUGAUUUCUUAAAAAUCAUUAUCAUUGAUGCAUGCUUCAUAAUUGAACAUUUUCUAAGGGUUUUUAGACACAAAGAUUGGAUUGAAAGUGACCCUAUAUUACUAAAACCUUGGUUAUGUAAUGACAUUGCAUGUGACUUAAUACUCCUUGAAAAUCAGAUACCAUUUUUUGUUCUUGAAAAUAUAUACAAAUUAGCCAAAAUAAACCUUGAAUGCCCUUCAUUUCUUCCACUUGCUACUCACUAUUUUGUACCACUCAACCGACAAAACAUAAAUCCAGAAGCGUGUCCAACUCCAAAACACUUCACAGAUCUUCUAAGAACAUUUUUACUGCCGACACAGCCGUCAUCAUUUCAUUCCGUAGAAGCAGAAAAGGUAAAAGAAAUUGGACAUGUAUGCAGUGUGAGUCAAUUAUCAGAAGCAGGAUUAGUCUUUGAAGCAAGUGAAAGUAAAUGCUUACUUGACUUGAAUUUUGAUGACAAGGGUGUAUUUAAAAUGCCAUGUUUUCAUGUCGAUGAUGGAACAGAGUCAUACCUGAGGAAUAUAUUAGCAUUUGAAGAAUGUCACCUUUCACAUCUAAGGUCAUGUUAUAUUUCUCACUACAUGUGUAUGUUAGAUUUUCUUAUUAACUCAGAAAAAGAUGUGAGCAUCUUGGUUGAUAAGAAAAUUAUUGUGAAUCGGAUGGGCGAUGAUAAUGAAGUGGCUACAAUGGUUAACAAUCUUUGCAAAAAUAUAUUACUACCUGAGGAUCAACUGAAUUCAAAAUAUAAGUCUGUAUGUGAUAGGUUAAAUCGUUUCUAUGAAAACCCUCUCAAUAAGUAUAAGGCUAUAUUUGUGCACGAGUACUUCAACACUCCUUGGAAAAUAGCGUCUACUCUAACUGCUGUGUUGCUGGUUUUGUUUACUUUUAUCCAGACUGUAUGUUCAAUCUACUCACUUUUUUAAUGUAUUGUUUUUUUAUCAAUGACUUUAAUAAUGUAUUGGAA